AUGGUAGGAAGCAAUCUACAAAAGAUGCAAGAUGAAAUGUCAUCUACCAAAUACCUCAUCAUUGAUGAGAUGUCAAUGGUGUGGAGGAAGACCUUUGGUAUAAUUGACUAUAGACUGAGGCAAGCAUUUCCUGCAAAGUCACAAGUUCUGUUUGGUGGAUGCUCUAUUUUAUUAUUGGGAGAUUUUGGACAGUUACCACCAGUAAUGGACCUUCCCAUUUACACAACAGUAACACGAUCAGAUCUGUCAGACCAGGAGUACAGAGCAUACAGUCACAUCGAGACAGCAUUCACUCUGACCCAAAUAAUGAGGCAAUCAGCACAAGAUCCUGAUCAGGAAUGGAGAUACAACAAUGUAAGCCUGGAACCACCUAAUGGAGAAAAACCAACUAGCGUACAAGACCAGUCUCCAUAUGUAAAUGCUGUUUGGCUGUUCCCUAGAUUUGAUGCUGUUUUUGAUCACAAUGAUGCUAUGUUACGUGAGUGUGGUCAUCCUAUUUCUACCAUCAAGGCAGUACACACUGGAUCCAAACCUCCACCUGAUCAUGCUGGCUUGGAACCAGCUGUGAUGCUAACUAACUAG